AUGGACGGUUACAAGUGUUCAACGGAUAGCUUAUUGCCUCUGACGUUUCUGAAAAAAAAGUCUAACGGACAGGGGAUGCUAAAGGCUAUGGGCCGUUUAACGGAAAAAAGGUCAGUUGAGUUGACCACGAGCGGCCAAUGCUGCAGCAUACCUUUCACUUACAAAGGGGUGAAUUAUCAUUCCUGUACUACAGCAGAUCACAACAGACGUUGGUGUUCCCUAGAUGCUACCUACAGCGGAAGAUGGGGAGAUUGUGUCGAAUGUUAUCACAAAACAACGGAAGGUAAAUGCUGCAGCAUUCCUUUCACCUACAAAGGAAUAAAGCAUUACUCUUGUACCACUGCUGAUCACAACAAACUUUGGUGUUCACUGGAUUCUACCUACAAGGGCAACUGGGGAAAUUGUGCAAAGUGUUUGCAAACAACGACCGAUGGCAAGUGCUGUAGUAUUCCUUAUACUUACCAAGGGAUACACUACAAUUCCUGUACCACUGCUAAUCACAACCGAUCAUGGUGUUCACUCGACAAAAUGUACAAAGGAAAUUGGGGCAAUUGUUCAUCAAACUGAACCGCACUUGAACACGAAAGUAAAUAUAGUUAACAAUAAUAAUUAUUAUGCUAAUAAAG